AUCAGCCAGUGACAUCUCUUUCACUGUCUUUCAGCUCUGCGCAUCACACCCAUGGACCUGCUGUGCCUUUCUGUGCUUCUUCUCUCAGGAGGUGUGUUUGGUCUUGAAGAGUGGAUCUCUGAAUCAAAAGUAACAGUGACUCGAGGAGAUAACAUCACCCUGUACUGUGACUGUGAACUCAAGACUGGAGUUUACAUAGUGUGGUACAGGAACUGUUCUCAUGAGAACCAGCCAACUCUUAUUAUGGGAUUGCGAUCAAACUCACAGAUUGGCAAAUGGGAGGACAAUAUUAAUGGAUAUUUCAAUCGUUUCAAAUUAGUGAAAAAUGACUCCUCCAACACCUACGACCUACUGAUCACUAACAUCACUGAUUCUGAGGAAGGCCUCUAUUACUGUGGAACUGAAAACACUGAGGUGAAGGAUGAAGAACACAUCACUCUGACAUAUGUAAAAAGGUUUGGAAAUACCACAAGGAUCAUUCUAGACCGGGGAAAACCUGAAGAACACGCUCCUCCGAUCUGCUGGAUACUGCUGUUCUCCCUGUGUCCACUUUUUGCUGCGUUUUCCUCUCUUUGCUCCUCUCUACUGAUCUAUCAUCUCUGUAGGAGAAGAGGGUUUCAAAGCGAUCGUCAAAGCCCUGACACAGGAGGUGAAAGAAGUCCAAAUAAGGAUGAAGAUGUUUGUUACGCUGCACUGGACAUCCGUCAGCCGUCACAAAGACCCAAGAGGAAAAAGGAGAACUCUGAAUUCAGUACAUACUCUGCCAUCAAUACAUCCAGGAUGUAAAACUGUAGAUCAGUGAAAAGAAGCAGUUUAUUUUAUUCUGAAAUACUUUAUUCCCACCAUUUUAAAGUGGUUGUUUUUCUUUUCAUGGUCCUGCAAAUGUAUUUUUGAAAGGUUGUGAAUAAAUGUGUAUGUUUUAUGUUAGUUCAGGGUAAUUGAGUGAAGUUAAGAUGCCUAUGUAGCUUUUUUUUGUUCUUCAAAGCUUCUGUUACUCAUCUGAAUUGUAUUUAAAUAGUCUCAAUAAUAAUGUGUGAAUUAUUUGGUAUUACAGCCACUUUUUGAUCAUUUUGUCAAUGUUUUUACUGUUCUGAUAAAUUCUUUUUUUUAAUCAUGCCUUCAGUAAUUUGAGAAUAUUUUCUUCUUCUUCUUCUAUGAUUGUUGUUUUUUCCUUAAACAACAGUUUUAUAUUUAGAUUUCAAUUCAUGCUUGAAGGAUUGGAUUACAAAUAAUUUUGUUAUCUCGACUUUUCAAAAUCUAAUCAUUCUAAUGACUGACUGAUUUACACAAAACCUUUUAUUUACUCCGCUUCGGUAAAAUAAUGCACCGACUGCAUUUAGUUAUCAAUCAGCGCUCCCGGCGCCACCUUCCCUGAUUUCAAAACGCCGCCGCUCGGCUCAUUACUGGGACACACCAGCACAUUAAUUCCGUGCUCGCGUUGUCUGGCUGGCCUCCUGUCACAUAUGAAAUUGAUUAUGGGAUUUUACUGCUGACCUUUCAGGCCUUCAGUGGUCCUCCAACACUUAUUUGUGAUUUGUUGACCAACCUUGUUAAUUAAGAUCAGGAUCCCACCUUCCGAGCCAAGUUCUCUUCGGGUGACAAAGGGUGGUCAAGCGUUUGCUGUUAGGACUCCAACUUUGAGACAAAUUUCAAUUUUUACAUUUUAUUGAUAAUGUCAUUCAUUAUUAAAGAUUAUCUUGGAGUACAAUUUGACUUUUUGUAUUGUUUUGUUUUUCUCCUUUUCGUUUACAAUGUUUCCUCUUUGCGUCUCUUCGUUAUCCGUAUUAAAUUGUUUUGCAGUUUGUUCGUGUGAAGACGGACUCACCACGUUUUUCACAACCAGACAAGACAGAAAGACAGGAAACCCACAACGACAAACAACCCCACAUGCAACGGCCGACUUUACGCAGACGGACAAAAUAAGCAACACAUCGUGGUCUGAAGUUUCCUAAAU